GCAGAGUCGGUCGUGUUCUGUCGUGGACGCUACACAAUAGCAGUGCGCUGGGGUAAAAACUUGACGAAAGAAUAGACGCACCUUUUGUGUUUUUCGUGUUUCCGUGUUGCGAGUUUCGGGACGCGCGCCAAUUUUCGGAACAAGAACAAACUUGACGCUAGUCUAAACAACAAUCGUGCAAAAACGUGAAAGACGACGCUGUCUCGCGUCCGUUCUUUUUUUUUUUAAAAAAAAAAAGACCGUUUUGUUUUUGGGCGUGCCCCCCUCCGACGGAUACCUGAUUUCGCGUGCUCGGAUUUCCACGCGUGGAACUUAAAAAAAAAUAUGGCUGAAAUGAAAGAUGUUGUUACUUCGCUUCUAGGCCAUUGGGCCGUCCCUGCUCUUAAAUUCAUCCAAAUCUUGCUGGCCAUCAUUUGCAUCGCCUUGCUGCGCUAUUACAACUUAUCCUUCGGCGGCGAGCUCAACCAGGCCUCCUAUCACGAUCGUUACCUCUUCGGCGUCAUGACCAUUGGCGGUAUGCUACUCGUAACAAUUCCCAUCUUCGUGGCUCACCUCUUUGGAUCUGAAAUUCGACCAGGAUUGGAUUUGAUUUACUCGCUGAUGGGCUUCGUCCUCUUUCUGACUGCUGGAAUCCUCUCACUCGAGUUUUACGUCAUCUACCGCAAUCGGCCAGGAAACCUGAAUGCAGGUCGAUCACUUGGGUCAAUACUGAUCAUCAAUUCUUUUUUCUUUCUGCUCAACACGAUCGUUUCUUUGGUUCGGAUUUUCUUGAAGUGAGAGACAAACAUAAAAGAGGAUUUUUUGUUUGUUCAACCGUCAAUUCACAUCUGGUAUAGUUAAUUCAUCUCAUCCUGGAUCGGGCGAUGAAAGAGAAGCACCGCACUAUAAAGCAUUUACACAAAAAUAAUUUCAUUCAAAUAGCUCAGAAAUGAUUUUUCUCAUUAGAUAUUUUCAGAGUUUUCGAUCUUUUUUGCAAAGAAUCGAACAACAUAUUUUACUUGAUUGUGUACCAUAUUUGUUUCCCUUCGUUGAUCCCUUGUGCUGUUUUAAAAAGCCACCACUUGUAAGCAAAUGACACAAAACUAGAUAUAGAGAUGCCCUUCUAUACCUGUACGAUCCCUUUGAACCGACCGGUGCUUCCACCACCAUCUAGGAAACAAAGACACUGAAACAUCUCAAAAUGAAUCAAGUCGAAGUGACGUUCUGUUGACGUGGCAUCAAAAAUACAAAGUAUCUCAUUUUUA